AAGAUUUCGAUACCAGAUCUUCAUUCUUCAGUUCCAUUCAGACUUUGAUUUUUUUCCCGAAAAUAAUAAAAUAAAAUAAAAAAUAGCCCUGUGUUUUUCCAUUUCCUCUAAGAGAGUGAGUUAAUGGCAGAAGAAGAAGAAGAAUCUGAACUCAGCGAGAAGCAAAAAGUUGAAAUCGCGAAAUGGUUUCUUCUCAACUCUCCUCCCGGAGAAAUUCAAUACGUUGCCAAAGAUGUGAAAUCCAUUCUCAACGACGAUGGUUUGUUCAACGAAGCUGCUUCCGAAGCGUUUCCUCUUUACAACAAAUCACACUUCAUUGUUCUUCCAAUGCCUGACCGAAGCGGAGACGUACUGGUUACUUCCUUUGGUGAGCUUGAGGAUAAUGCGUUUCUUGAUCCUAGGACUGCUCAAGUUGCAAUAGUUGACCAUGUUAAACAAGUUUGUGAGGAUGUGAGACCUGCAUUGGAUGAAGAACUUGCAUCUGCAUACAUUGAAGAAUUUCGAUUCAGUCUUGAUGCCGAGAUACUUAAAUAUGUGGAAGAAGUUUAUCCAAAAGGUGUCUGCUCUGUCUACUGUGUAAAUGGAAAGGAUUCAGAGGGACCGGGUUCUGAUUUUGAGCUUGCCAUAGUGAUUUCUGCUUCUAGGCAUAGCCCACAGAAUUUCUGCAAUGGGAAUUGGUGUUCAGUUUGGAAUAUUGAUUUCAAAGAUGAACAACAAACAGUGGAAGUAAAAGGGAAACUGCAGGUUGGUGCCCAUUAUUUUGAAGAGGGAAAUGUGCAGUUAGAUACAAAACAUGAAUGCAAAGACGCAACUCUUUUUCAGGCCCCUGAGGAUUGUGCGCUUGCCAUAUCAAGCAUUAUUCGUCACCAUGAAACAGAAUACCUUGCUUCUCUUGAGGCUUCAUAUCUAAACCUUCCCGAUUCUACUUUCAAGGAUCUUCGGAGGAAGCUUCCAGUCACCCGCACCUUAUUUCCAUGGCACAACACUUUGCAAUUUAGCUUGACAAGAGACAUCACAAAAGAACUUGGCAUUGGAAAGUAAAUACACACACAUACACAAUAUUAGAGGUUGUGUUUGGUCGAACGUGGCGACAAAUUCUCCAUAUAUUCAGUUAUUCACCAUAUGUAAUUGAUCGAGAGUCAGUGAUCAAUCAUUCUUAGUCUUUCUUUUCACUCAUUUGCUUUCUGUAGCACACUCUCUUGUCUGAGUCCCCUGUGCCAGUGUACUGUAGUUCUUUUCAACAUUGUUUGUAUAGCAGUAAAGAGUUACACAUGUCUCAAUCCAUUGAAGUUUUUGUGGGUACA